UUUCCGUGUUUGUACUUGUAUUGUGUUCUUUCCCUGUUAUUUGGGCGUUGUAAAUUGUAAAAACAUUAUAAUGCAAAAUAAUUAAGAAAAGGAAUGUGCAUAUAACGUUAGUAACAUUACAAGAUGAGUAUAUCUGUACAGUAAUCGUUUCUAAAUAAUAAAAUGCUUUAGAGCUCCUGUAUGCAGUUAGACCAUCAGCAACUUUAUAAUCGGCUAUAAUUAAGAUCACAAACAUACGAUAUGCCGGAGCAAAGUAAUGACUAUCGGGUGGUGGUUUUUGGAGCGGGUGGUGUAGGGAAAAGUUCACUGGUUCUUCGAUUUGUGAAAGGAACCUUCAGGGAGUCAUACAUACCGACGAUUGAAGACACCUAUAGACAAGUUAUCAGCAGCAACAAAACUAUUUGCACAUUGCAAAUCACGGAUACAACUGGUUCUCAUCAAUUUCCUGCAAUGCAGAGGUUAUCCAUCAGUAAGGGCCAUGCAUUCAUAUUGGUAUAUUCUGUAAGCAGUCGACAAUCACUCGAGGAGCUGAAGCCUAUAUGGCAGACGAUAAAAGAAAUUAAAGGAGUGGACCUACCCAACAUACCUGUAAUGUUAGCAGGGAACAAAUGUGACGAGAGUCCAGAAAUACGCGAGGUUUCUGCAUCAGAAGGACAGAGUCAAGCUCAAGCCUGGGGUGUUUCUUUCAUGGAAACAUCUGCCAAAACUAAUCAUAAUGUCACACAGCUUUUCCAGGAACUAUUAAACAUGGAAAAGAACAGAAAUGUAUCCCUGCAGGUGGAUGGCAAAGGAAAGAAGAAAAAAGACAAAGUAGUGAAAGAAGGUGAAGCAUCGGCUAGCGGUCGAGAGAAAUGUCUUGUUAUGUAAUACGGUAACAAAUUAGAACGAUUUUAAAACCCAACUUUGAAAUAUUUAAGUACACAGUCAUUUUACUUCUAGUCAUUAAAACAUGGUCCUGGAGGUUAAAGCACGGAUUUAUCCAUAAGUAUUUAUUGUAUUUUAUGAGAAUUGUAGUACCUAAUUAUUAUGCCUUCAUUAUUUUCAUUAAAACGGAGCUUGAAAUUCAUCAAAGCAAGAAUAUUUUGCUAUAUAGUACUUACAUUAAGUUAUUUACACUAGUUACAUAAUUAAUGAUGACUGACAUGACACAGAUAUGUUGAUUAAAUCCGUAUUGUUAGUGCGAAGAUACAACGAAAUGAAGUCUAUAGGACUUAACUGUUAUUCAAUUGUAUGCUGGUAAGUGUAAACAAUAGACAUAGUUUGUUGCGUUUAGCUCUAAUAAUUGUCUGAAGCAGAUUUCAUAUUAAUAAUAAUUGUUAUCAUUAAACAUAAUAAUGUGCCACUGCAGCAAUCUUGGUGGUGGUGGAACAAGUGCCUAAUGUUUUUUUAUACAUACAGACAGCUAUCAUAUAUCUACUGUUUUUUAUGAUUAUUAUUUGUUAUUAUCGAUGUAUUUUAGCUACAAAAUGAUAGUAAUUUCAAUUUUCAGGAAUUAUAAUAUUUUGAAUGUGAAAACUGCUUCAGCAAAGCAAAUAGGCUUAGCAAAGUAAGGUGUGAAAGUAACUGUUCCUAGUCACUUUUAUUUUUAACAUUCCAAGCUAAAUUUCUAGUCCCUAGUGAUGUUUUCAUCUCGUAAGUUACAUAAAAUUACAAGGAUGAACAUUGAGAGCAUGAUAGCAUUGUGAGAAUUUUUUAAUUGUGCCAAAUUAAUAAUCUAUCACUAACAUUUUUUUCUGCAUUUACAUUCUUAAUACGCUGAAACUUACCUUUAUAAAAGGUAUUUAUGAAUAGUUUAACAUUCACAGUUUAGCAGCACAAGACGUAUUCCGAGUUUUGCAAUAAUUUCACUGUUUAGAGUUCAUCAAGUCUCACUUUGGCUUUAGGGCACCUUUUUAUGUAGAAUUCUCACAAUGAUGAUGAAUGUUUUACUGUUAAUGUAAUUUGAUUGGGGCACAGCCAUCAUUGGUCCGAUUUUCAUCAGAUUCCGCUGUCAGAUAUAAAAAUGUAAAUUUAUCAAAUAAUUUAAAAACUUCUAUGUAAACUAUUGCGUCAAACAGCGUGGGUGGCUAGUUACCUUAAAUAACAUCAAAUCACAUAAAUACAAUGAGCAUGUAAUUUUAAGUAUACAUAGAUGUCUUUGAUGGUAUGAUUGGUUGAUACCAUGGUAAUAUGUUCAGCCACAUAAUACUUAAAAGUAAUUUUAUUUAGUCUGAACUUCAAACAACAUUUAAUGUUAUUAGUAACAAUCUAGUCAUUAUUAUUAAAAUGUAGCAGUCGCUAGUUUAUAAUGCACUUUAUUUAUAUCAUUCACAACAUAUCCAAUUAGAUUUGUCCAUAUUAAUAUUUAAAGUUUUAAUUAGUCAAUGACCAUCGUCAUGUAUCUAGUGAGGUAUUUUAUUAUAAUACGAGUGACAGUGCAACUUUAUUUUAAUGUGUGAUUUGGCAACUAAAUAUUCCAGUCUAUAUAAAUCUUAGGAUGUUUGUACUGUUAACACUUUCCCCAUAUUAAUGCAUGCAUUUUUAUGUGUUACUUGUACCUUAAUAUCACUACACAUUGUUCACGAAAUUUGGUCUUUGCAAAAAUAUUUGCACUGUGUGUAAUAAACUUUAUUUGGCUUAUUGGCAGUAUCUGAAUAUUUAUUGUAAGUAAACUAUGAAAAAAAUUGUUAACACUGUAUUGUUAAAGCUGGACCAAAGUUGUUUGAUGUUGAUUGAUGUAAGUUUAUGAUAGUUUUCAUUUUGUCUGUUGACUUAAAUGUUUUUGAUAAUAUUCAUCUGUUCUUUACUAUAAAUCUAUAAAAAUUUCAUGCCCCGGCUGUUGCAAACUACAUUAUGAUUAAAAAUGUAUGUAGUAACGUUAAAGUGGUUAAAGUCAUGAAAAAGAGACAUCAAUGGAAAAGACAUUCCGCACUUAUUGCGUAUGACUUUGGUUUAGUGAAAUGAAUUAAAUUAUUUAAAAAAUCUAAAUGAAUCGGUAAUUUUGAUUUUUUAAAAUCUAUUUUCUAUUGCUAUUUUCCCUGAGCGAUAUCUACCAUCCCUAACUCGUGAAAGCUUCUCCAUGGAUAAUGUUUAUGAGUCACUAUCACAAAAAUUACAAUUUCAAAGCGGAUUUGAAAAUUGAGUACCAAUUCAACAAGUACUUACCUAUGUACAGUCAGUAUCAAAUAGUUCGUGACACCCAAAGUAGCCAAAAAGUUCGCAACACGUCUUUGUUACGUUUAGAAUACGGUUGAGUAGUCAACUUUUUGGCCAAUUUUUUGACGCUGACUUAAAACGAACGAACAAACGUACGUUUGCUGUUCGUGUAUAAAGUACCUACUUUUUCAUGGGCAAGAAAUUAAUGUGGUAGCACGAAGAAGUGACCGCCACACCAUUAUCAAUUUACGAGUACCUAAUAAAGAUGGCAGAAUUGUUGAUCAGGGAAGUCUUGGAAUGAAAUGAAAAUACGAUCUUAUAGAAACGAAUCUAGUCUAUCUUAAUUUGAAUUAAUUCUUAAGCUAAUUUGUAUUGUUUUAUUUAAUUAUUUUUAAGCUGCAGUAGGUAUGAUAGUCGGCAUUUUUCAAAACGCUUUAAAUCGACAUUUGAAACUUCUGAUUGAAAUCACCGCACAUAAAUUUUACUACACAUCCGUUUGUUGCCAAAUAUCUCGUAAGAGCUUUUUGCCACAUUUUGGGGCCUUAUAUUUUAAACAUUGUCUGAUGCCUCUAUGUCUAGUAGUUCAACGAAAAUAAUAUUGAAGAAGUAAGACUUGUUUAGUGUCUAGUAGUUCACUAGGUAAAUUUAAUUAAAAAUAAAGCAUGUGAAAACAUUCGAGAGAAUCAAUACAAAAAACAUUGUGAUUUUUUCCAUAUAAAAAGCUAUUCAGCUGCAAUUUUUUUUUACCUUUGAGGUACUGAUACUGAAGAGUCAAUUUCGUUGAACUAAAAGUCUGGUCUAAUGUAAUUUUCCCUUGAAGACUCUACUCACUCGUACUUAAAUUCUCCUACUAAUAACGCUUCUAAUAUUCUUCGAAAUGGUGCCCAUUAUAUUAUAUGGCAAUAAUAUUAUAGUAGUUAAUAGAUAUUUCAUCUUACAUUUAGCAUUUGAAUAGUGACUAGUUAUCUUGAUAACUAAAGAUAGGGUAUUGUCCUUAGACAAUUUGUCUGAGCAUUAACACUUGAACAAUGUCAAUAUCUUAUGAAAAAUUAUAAACAAAUGAAAGGUUGUUUUAAUUACUAUUUUGCUUGUUAUUCCAUUAUUUUACAAAACAUUCCUUACUUUAUACAUUGACAGAAAAAUGUUUAUUGCCAUGGUACAGGUGAUUUUUGUGAAAAAAAGUGAAUCAAUUUUAUUUGUUUAAAAUGUUUUUUUUUUAAUUAAGCAUAUGAAAGAAAAAACAAAUUCCAUAUAACUUGCUACUUGUAACACUAUGAGUACCUAUACUUUGAGAAUUUUGAUUGAUUCAGAUCUUAUUCCGUCUACCCAAAACUUUCCCUGUCCAUUAGUACAAAUGGAUAAGCCAUUAAUCGCAUCAUACUUUUAAAGGGACAGGGACAUGGGAGCCUGUUAAGAUUAAUAUUCGCGUAAUAUUCUUAAAAUAAAUAAUGCCAAAAUGCAUUUUUUUUUGUUGAUGUUAAUUUAUGGUUGUUCUGCAAGUUGGUCUUGUAACAAUUAUGUAAGCAUUGACAUCUGCAUAGAGGGAUUAGUCCAUGAUGCGGUUAAGUUUCGUCUGUAGAUGUAGGGUAGCCUGAUAGGAUCGCGUCAUUUUUUUCAUAGCUUGGCUCGGGAUGAGCGAGAAUAUUGCAAGAGCCGUAUUUUGCUCAUCCAAUUUGGAGUGAUGUUUGUAGUUGUAAGUAUAUUGAUUUGUUACACUGUUAUUUAUUGAGGUUGCGAAUGUUUGUUGA